GGACGCUUCCGGAAGGUUCGGGAGGCUUCUGGAAAGGGCGCCGCGCGCUGGGCGGGCCCGCGUCUAUAUAAGGCGGCGGCGGGGGCGGCGCGCCAGUUGCUUCUGCGUUGCCGGAGUUGCUACGCGCCGAGCCGUGCGGCCGCUCAGCCAAGAUGCCGGAGGAGACCCAGACCCAGGACCAGCCCAUGGAGGAGGAGGAGGUGGAGACCUUCGCCUUCCAGGCGGAGAUCGCCCAGUUGAUGUCGCUGAUCAUCAACACCUUCUACUCGAACAAAGAGAUCUUCCUGAGGGAGCUCAUCUCCAACUCGUCCGACGCCCUGGACAAAAUCCGCUAUGAAAGCUUGACAGACCCGAGCAAAUUAGACUCUGGGAAGGAGCUGCACAUUAAUCUCAUACCCAACAAGCAAGAUCGCACCCUCACCAUCGUGGACACCGGCAUCGGCAUGACUAAGGCCGAUUUGAUCAAUAACCUGGGCACCAUCGCCAAGUCGGGCACCAAAGCCUUCAUGGAGGCUUUGCAGGCCGGUGCAGAUAUCUCUAUGAUUGGCCAGUUUGGCGUUGGUUUCUAUUCUGCCUAUCUGGUCGCUGAGAAGGUGACUGUCAUCACCAAGCACAACGAUGACGAGCAGUACGCCUGGGAGUCCUCGGCCGGCGGCUCCUUCACUGUGAGGACCGACACAGGGGAACCCAUGGGCCGAGGAACAAAGGUUAUCCUGCAUCUAAAGGAAGACCAGACAGAAUACUUGGAGGAAAGGAGGAUCAAGGAAAUUGUGAAGAAACAUUCUCAGUUUAUUGGCUAUCCCAUUACCCUUUUUGUGGAGAAAGAACGGGAUAAAGAAGUCAGUGAUGAUGAGGCUGAAGAAAAGGAAGAUAAAGAGGAGGAAAAGGAAAAAGAAGAAAAGGAGUCAGAUGACAAGCCUGAAAUAGAAGAUGUUGGUUCUGAUGAAGAGGAAGAAAAGAAGGAAGGUGACAAGAAAAAGAAGAAGAAGAUCAAGGAAAAGUACAUUGAUCAGGAAGAACUCAAUAAGACAAAGCCAAUCUGGACCAGGAAUCCUGAUGAUAUCACUAACGAGGAGUACGGGGAGUUCUACAAGAGCUUGACCAACGAUUGGGAGGACCACCUGGCAGUGAAACAUUUUUCCGUUGAAGGACAGUUGGAAUUCAGAGCUCUUCUUUUUGUCCCAAGACGUGCUCCUUUUGAUCUAUUUGAAAACAGGAAGAAAAAGAACAACAUUAAGCUGUACGUCCGCAGGGUCUUCAUCAUGGAUAACUGCGAGGAGCUGAUCCCCGAGUAUCUGAAUUUCAUCCGAGGGGUGGUGGACUCUGAGGAUCUUCCUCUGAACAUUUCCCGCGAAAUGCUGCAGCAGAGCAAAAUUUUGAAAGUUAUCAGAAAGAAUUUGGUCAAGAAAUGCUUAGAACUGUUCACUGAACUGGCGGAAGAUAAAGAGAACUACAAGAAGUUUUAUGAACAAUUCUCUAAAAAUAUAAAGCUUGGAAUCCAUGAGGACUCUCAAAACCGGAAGAAGCUUUCAGAGCUCUUGCGCUACUACACAUCUGCUUCCGGGGACGAGAUGGUUUCUCUCAAGGACUACUGCACCCGGAUGAAGGAAAACCAGAAGCACAUCUACUACAUCACAGGUGAGACCAAGGAUCAGGUGGCAAACUCGGCGUUCGUGGAGCGGCUCCGGAAGCACGGCCUGGAAGUAAUCUACAUGAUCGAGCCCAUCGACGAGUACUGUGUCCAGCAGCUGAAGGAGUUUGAGGGGAAGACCUUAGUGUCUGUCACCAAGGAGGGCCUGGAACUUCCAGAAGAUGAGGAGGAGAAAAAGAAACAGGAAGAGAAAAAGACCAAGUUUGAGAACCUCUGCAAGAUCAUGAAAGACAUCUUGGAGAAGAAGGUUGAGAAGGUGGUCGUGUCAAACCGCUUGGUGACAUCCCCCUGCUGCAUUGUCACAAGCACCUACGGCUGGACUGCCAACAUGGAGCGGAUCAUGAAGGCCCAAGCCCUCCGAGACAACUCGACCAUGGGCUACAUGGCAGCCAAGAAACACCUGGAGAUCAACCCCGACCACUCCAUCAUUGAGACCCUGAGACAGAAGGCGGAGGCCGACAAGAAUGACAAGUCCGUGAAGGACCUGGUCAUCCUCCUCUACGAAACUGCGCUCCUGUCCUCGGGCUUCAGUCUGGAGGAUCCCCAGACACAUGCAAACCGGAUCUACAGGAUGAUCAAGCUGGGUCUAGGUAUUGAUGAGGAUGACCCCACGGCCGACGACACGAGUGUGGCCGUGACGGAGGAGAUGCCGCUGGAAGGCGACGACGACACCUCGCGCAUGGAGGAGGUGGACUAGGCCCCGCCCUGCCCCGCCCCUCAGAUGAUAGAGUGCCCAGGAUUUUGUUUAUUUUUGUUAACAUUUUUAAAAAGUCUGUAUGGCAUGACAGCUACUUAAAGGGGAAGAUAAGAUUUCUUUACUUGUGAUACUGUGACACUGUGGGCAGAGCAGAGGUUAAUAAUGCUUUUUCUAGUUUCACCUUGGUUUUGAACAGGUGGAGAUGUUUGUUGCAAGCUGUAAUGUGACCUAUUGUUUGUGUUUAGCUAUUAAGCCAGAAUCCUUAGUAGACCAAAUCUUGGCACUGGUGUGUUCUGGCAUAUUUAUCUUUAUGUUGAAAGACAAUUUUUGUUGACAUGGCUUGCGUUUCAUCGGAGAGGGUCCAAUUUUUCCAAAAACUUCCUUCCACCCCUUGCAGUUAAUGGUGCAUGUGCUAGUCCUCUAGAAAUACGUAUGCUAGGCUGACAUGACCCAACUUGACGGGAGGAACUCUCCACCGGGCUUGUUUUCCAAAGAAAAGUGUACUAUUUAGAGAAAUAAAAAUAAACUUCCCUAGAUGUUGUGUUGUAAAAACAUUAAAGCCGCUCGGCA